AUGUCCGUCUGGAAUCCUGAUAAUAUUCGCGAUGUCGCAGAAUCGGUCGGGAUCACGAAUCUUAAUCACGACGUGACGGAGAAUCUGGCCCGUGAUGUCGAAUACCGGGUCGCGCAAGUGCUGGAGGAAGCGCUCAAGUGCAUGCGCCACGGCAAGCGUACUCUCUUGACCACAUCGGACAUCUCUCACGCUCUGAGGAACUUGGACGUGGAGCCACUUUAUGGAUAUGAGUCUCUUCGCCCGCUACGAUUUGGAGAGGCGUCCCUGGGGCCAGGUCAACCGCUGUUCUACGUCGAAGACGAGGAGGUGGACUUUGAGAAACUGAUCAAUGCGCCUUUGCCCAAGGUUCCUCGUGAAGUCACAUUCACAGGUCACUGGCUGGCUGUCGAAGGCGUCCAGCCAUCGAUCCCUCAGAACCCGACCGCCGCCGACUCCCGCAACCUCGAGCUGGUCUCGAAGGGCCCGAAUGCCAACUCCACCCUGGCGGCAAUGAGUGGCACUGGCGACGUCGCGGUGAAGCCCACAGUCAAGCAUGUCCUUUCGAAGGAGCUGCAGCUCUAUUUCGAGAAGGUCUGCAGUGCCUUCUUGGACGAAACGAGCGAGGAAUACCGAACGUCGGCAUAUGCCAGUUUGCGAGAUGACCCUGGCCUGCAUCAAUUGGUGCCAUAUUUUGUGCAAUUCAUCGCGGAGAAGGUCACGCACAGUCUCAAAGACAUUUUCGUCUUGACGCAAGUGAUGCACAUGGCCGAGGCUCUCGUCCAAAACACGUCUCUUUACGUCGAUCCUUAUAUCGCUUCCCUCGUUCCUUCUAUCCUGACCUGCCUGGUCGGUCGACAACUGGGCGGAGCAAGCGAGCUGUCCGAGCAGUUUGCGCUGCGUGACCUCGCGGCAUCGCUCCUCGGGUUGAUUGCGAAAAAAUUCUCCCACUCUUCUCAUAUGCUCAAACCUCGCUUGGUACGAUCCUGCUUGAAGAGCUUCCUCGAUCCAUCCAAGCCGUUCGGGGCCCAUUAUGGUGCAGUGAUUGGCUUACAGGCCGUGGGUGGAGCUGAAGUGAUUCGUGUGCUGGUCAUCCCGAAUUUAAAGGACUACUCCAAACUUCUCGGGGAUGGUCUCGACGAUACUGCCCGUCGCCCGGCCGCCGAGCGUGUGUUGAGCGCUCUCCUCGGCGUGUUGGCCUCGAUGCGUGAUGCCCACCCUGCCUUAACCAACGGCCACUCCAACACCGUCUCGGACGAGAUGCGAGCUACGUUAACGGAGAAGAUUGGCGGUCUGCUCACCUCGAAAAUCGCCGACGCCAACGAAGUCCAGCUGGCUCACUUGAUUCUGCAAUCGUAG